AUGACAUCUGCGGCGCUGCUUGUGUUUCUGUUCCUCGUUUCGUUUGGUCACGGAGCGAAAGAAAAGCCGGAACUUAGCGAGGAAAUCAAAGAAAUAAUACAACAUGUUCACAACGAGUGUGUCGAUAAAACCGGAGUAACCGAGGAGGACAUAGCGAAUUGCGAAAACGGCAUAUUUAAGGAGGACACAAAAUUGAAGUGCUACAUGUUUUGUUUACUGGAAGAAGGGAGUCUUGUUGAUGAUGAUGGCAAUGUUGAUUAUGACAUGAUGAUUAGCUUGAUUCCCGAGAAAUACACCGACCGAGUCGGUAAAAUGAUUAAUGCUUGCAAACAUCUAGAUACCCCAGAUAAAGACAGCUGCCAACGAGCAUUUGACGUUCACAAGUGCUCAUACGCAGCCGACCCAAAUUUUUACUUUUUAUUUUAGUACUCUACUAAUGCUAGCUGACUAUGGGAGAAGUCGUCAAGUAAUAAAUAUGUUUUGAAUUAAAUAUUCGCAUGGUU